AUGGCAUUAAUGAGUCCUUUCAAACACGACGACCACAGCAAACGCUAUUCACGCUGCCAUGUUCAUCACGGUGCUCUGUCUGGCCACCAUGCAUUCAGAUGUAACCACUGGGGCAGCACCGUGUCCUUUUCAACGCCAAUUGGUGUCCUUACAAUUAGCAUUUAUUCUUGUCAUGAGGACGCCGCUCAGGGACUGGACACACCUCACACCAGGAGGCACUUGAGUGAAAGCGGCUAUCCCUCCCGAACAGUCGUAGACGUCACAAGCCUGGAAGAAUCACAGGAAUUUUACGACUUACUUACGAAAGAUCUGAGAGGCCUUGGAAUGCUCAACUGCAGGGCUUUUCUGAUCGACGUCACGCCACUGCAAUCACAGCUGCUGCUAAGGUUCCUGGAGGACAUCGAGCUCUACAAGAAGUCCGACACCUACGUCUUACUGGUCGGUCCUGAUCACAGAGCUACCGACUUCCUUUCUCAUUCCGUCUUCCGAAACACAGCAAACAUCCUUUACUUUGGACAUCGCCUUCGACCAGCAUCGAAGGACGUUCUGAACUUGAUGUCACCGCAGAGCCAGUUCGCGAGGGGCACGAGGACACGGUCACUGAGGCCGCAGUUCGAUCGAUCGCAGUUCAUGCGUGACAAUAGGACAGAACGAGAACAGCGUAUAGCUACGUACACUAGGUGCUUCUACUGCAACGACGGCGAGGAAAACCAGUUCAUCAUUGACACGUGGACACCGCAUGCAGGCUUCACGUAUUCGGCCAACCUAUUUCCAGACCAGUUCAAGACCUUCCACGGCCACAAGUUCAACGUGGUGGCCAUGAACUGGUUCCCGUUCACCAAGUUCAUUCAGCACAGCGACAAGGGCGGGACGGUGGUCACGCCGCAGGACUCCCUCGACAUCCGCAUGCUCAACGCCCUGGCCGAGGCGCUCAAUUUCACGUACGAGAUGCGCACUCCUUGGGACAACCAGUGGGGGACUUCAACGCCAUCUGGGAACUGGACAGGAAUCGUCGGGACGCUGCAGUACCAUAAGGGCGAUUUUUCCAUGAUGCUGUCGUGGAUGGAGCCUCGCCUGCCCGUGGUCGAUUAUUCUAGAAUCUACGCGUCCGAACCUUUGGUCAUGGUUACUUCGAAGCCUAAGCCAUUAUCACAGGCAUUCGCACUCGUCAGGCCCUUUGCAGCCAAUCAGCCUAACCACAACUCUCAUCAUCUCCUCCCUUUCCCAGGCAGCCUCUGGUUCGUAACAUUCGUCUCCACCUUGGCAGCUGGCCUGGUGCUGUGGCUGCUGCAGCUGUGGUGGUCCAAGAUGUCCGGCGGCGAGAAGCUGGAGUUCGGGGAUGCCACGCUGAUGACGUGGGGGAUUCUGCUCGAGGAUCCGCCGGUGAACAUCCCGCGCAAUGUCACCGCGCAGAUGCUCAUAGGGUGGUGGUGGGUGUACUGCAUGCUCAUCACGAUCACCUACAGGUCCUCUCUGGUCGCCCACCUCACAGUGCCGGGGAAGUCACCCACGCUCGACUCUCUCGAAGACUUGCUGGCUGCCCACCGCAAGGCCAGCUGGACGUGGGGCUUCGAACCCACAUACGGCUCGGGCUGGGAGUGGCUCAAGAGCAACCAGAACCCCACCGUCAAGGAGAUUUUCAACAACAUUAUGGUACUUGAGUUAGAAGAACAGCUGUCACGAGUGUUGAGCGGCCGCCACGCGUUCAUCACGUGGAAAUACUACAGCAGGUCCAUCAUAGGCUCCCGCUACACGAACGACAGAGGCUACACCCCCUUGUACACAGGCCGCCAAGACUUCUUCAACUAUGGAGGCUACGGAUGGGGGUUCAGAUUUAUAUCAUUACGACACUUUAGCAAGUCCAUCAUCUAUCAAAAGCCUUUCACUAGUUAUGAUUCAGGUGAAAAGCCUGGAAACUAUGAUCAUGUAAUUGUAUCAGCUCUCUCACGAAAUGCGUUACAAAGAUACCACUAA